UUGACAGGUAUAAAUACUACGGGUUUCAACGUGUAUUCCAUCAUUCUACGUUCUGUUCCAGUAAUCUCUGUAUAACCAUGAAUACCAAACUAAUUAUUCUCGCACUCGCCACUGUUGCCAUGGUGUCAGCUGGUGGUUAUGGAGAACACAAGGGAUAUGGUAUAGGAGGAUACGGAAAAGGAUAUGGUCAUGAGGGAAAAGGUAUUUCAGUUGAUGGAUACGGUAAAUAUGGUUAUAACGAAUGGGGUAUGGGAGGGUAUGGUGGAAAUAAAGGAAGCUAUGGCGGAUUCCAGGGAGGAUAUGGGGGACUUCAAGGAGGAUUUGGCGGACUUCACGGUGGAUAUAGCGGGCUACAGGGAGGACAUGGUGGAUACCAAACAGGUUUAGGAGGAUAUCAAGGUGGAUACCAAUCAGGUUUAGGAGGAUAUCAAGGUGGAUACCAACAAGGCGUCGGAGGAGGCGUGUAUAGCCAGAACAUUGGGUCAUACGAAAGUGGAUACAGUGGUAUGCAAAAUUCUUACCAAGGCCAAGGACAAUACGGACAAGGUAUUGGAGGUGGAUCCUCUUACCCAGGCCAGUCAGUUGGCGGCAUUGGAGGGGGUAGUUCUUAUUAUGCUGGACAGUCGUCACUCGGAGGAGUUGGUGGUGGCAGUUACUAUCCUGGACAGUCGUCACUCGGAGGAGUAGGUGGUGGCAGUUACUAUCCUGGACAGUCAUCAGUGGGAGGAGGCAGUGCAAGUUAUUAUCCAGGUCAAUCAGGAGGUUCUUUACCAAUCUACUAGACUUAUGUCCAUAUAAACUACUGUUGGAAUUAUCAAUUGUGAUAUAUGUUUAUAUGAACUUUUUGUGAAUAAGUUUUAGAAAAAGUCCAAAUAAUUUAAUGUAUUGCAAUAGAAAUGUAUGGAAUCUGCGUGUAUUCAAUUACAUAAUUUUUUUCCGAUUUCUAUACAAUUCAAAUGUUUAUUUGAAAAUUUAAAAAAAAAUUAUUAAAAAAAACUUUGUUUCUAAGAAAUAUAUAACAAAUUAAACGAAUUCUUAAAAUUAAGUUGCAUAAUUUUUUUACUACUUUUUACCAUUGUUAUUUGUUAACCUUGGCAUAUAGUAUGUGUAAUUCACAAAAGUACCAAAUAAAAACACUUAGUCUAAAAAUUUCUGUAAACAAAUAAUAAACCGAUGUUAUUGUGCUAGCUUUAAAAAAAAAACGAAUAAUCCUGAUUUUUUUAGCCCUCUUUCAAUCAAAUUUUACAUAGCAAGUUAUUUUUCAGUUUUUCUUUAACAAACAGAAAAUGGAGUAUUUUCCCGUAAAUUAUACCGACCUAUUAAUGAAUAUUAUCUUCAGAUUAUUUUUGAUCCGCAGGCCUGUGGAAAUCCGCUUAAUUUUUAGUUAAUGCAACCUUUAAGUGUAAUGCUUUAAACUAGUUUUAAAUGUCUUUAAAGUAUUUUUUCAGCUUUUAGAUGUAUUACUAUUUACAAUAAAACUGUUUAAACUUUG